CACUUUUCAAAAACAGUCCUUGAUUUGCUCAAACUCUUUUCCUUUUAUCUCUUCACGUAUCUUCUACUUAAGCCUUUUCUCAUUAUUAUUUGCUCACUAGUGACAACCCCUUUUUCUCAUUCUAUAAUAAAGUUUGAAUUUUUCUUUUUUAAUAGAAACUUUAUUCUGUGUUGUGAAAAUGGUUAUGCAGCGUCAAGAAAACAUUUUGGUGACAGGAGGGGCUGGUUUUAUUGGAACACAUACUGUUGUUCAGCUUUUGAAUGAAGGAUUUAAGGUUACGAUCAUUGAUAAUUUCCAUAAUUCUGUUGAAGAAGCUGUUGAUAGAGUCAGAGAAUUAGUUGGCCCUCAACUUUCUCAGAAUCUUGAAUUCCAUUUGGGUGAUAUCAGAAACAAAGAUGAUUUGGAGAAGUUAUUUUCUAAAAGAAAGUUUGCUGCAGUGGUCCAUUUUGCGGGACUUAAGGCUGUUGGGGAGAGUGUUGAUCAUCCCUUUCUUUAUUUUGAUAACAAUCUGAUUGGAUCAAUAACUUUGUAUUCAAUCAUGGCCAAAUAUAAUUGUAAGAAGUUGGUUUUCUCAUCAUCUGCAACAGUUUAUGGUCAGCCUGAAAAGAUUCCGUGUGUGGAGGAUUUUGAAUUGAAGGCUAUGAAUCCCUAUGGUCGGACAAAACUAUUUCUUGAAGAGAUUGCGCGGGAUAUUCAGAAGGCAGACGCUGAAUGGAAUAUCAUUUUGCUGAGAUAUUUCAAUCCGGUAGGAGCUCAUGAAAGCGGCAAACUUGGGGAAGAUCCAAGGGGCAUUCCCAACAAUCUCAUGCCUUACAUUCAGCAAGUAGCUGUUGGUAGAUUGCCAGAGUUAAAUGUGUAUGGCACCGACUACCCUACACCUGAUGGUACUGCGAUACGAGAUUACAUCCAUGUUAUGGAUUUGGCGGAUGGUCAUGUUGUUGCACUUCAGAGACUUCUCAAGCAAAAUGACUUAGGUUGUGUUGCAUAUAAUUUGGGAACUGGUAAAGGCAAAUCUGUGCUAGAGAUGGUUGCUGCCUUUGAAAGAGCAUCUGGAAAGAAAAUUCCACUUAAAAUGUGUCCAAGAAGGCCAGGAGAUGCCACUGCUGUUUAUGCAUCAACCGAAAAAGCUGAGAAGGAGCUUGGCUGGAAGGCGAAAUAUGGUGUAGAUGAGAUGUGCAGGGACCAGUGGAAAUGGGCAAGCCAAAAUCCUUGGGGUUACCAAUCAAAACCUUGAAAUGUUAUACAAGUAAUAGUUGGAGGACUCAGAUCAGACCAACAUUGAAAAUGCUCUUUUAAACUUUAUAAUACUAAGUUUCUUAAGAGUUGGAUCUGUAGUCAACAUCCUAAUAUUUUACAUUUUCUGCAAACAUAAAUGUAUCUAAGGCUAAAACUGUUCAAUAUGUAAUAAUUGCUAUUGAUGGUUAUGUACUGGUGAAGCAUGUUCUUGUUUUUACCUUAAAUGGUUUUAAGGGGGCUUAAUUGUGCCUCCUAUCUAUGACCUCUUCAA